GGCAGAGGCGGUUCUUCUCUCGGCUUAUCGCUUUUUCGGCGCCGGAGAGUGUUGGGACCAGGGCUGGAGAAGACCGCGGGGGAUAAUCAGCGACAAGAUCCAGUCCUGUGCACGGAGCCUCGUCAGGUCGAACGUGGCGCCGUGCGCUUUUCUAGGGGGGGCUGCACAACAUUCCUGUGAAAUAUAACUGCUAUUAAUGGCAUGUGGCUUGUAACUUUACUCCUGCUGUAUUCUUUGCAAGAAGCCAACAGUGAGGAUGUUGUCUCCACUCGACUGUACUUUGUGAACGCCUCCCUGCAGCGAGUGACCUUCUCCAGCUCAGUGGGGGUGUCCCUGCCCUGCCCUGCGGGCGGCGCCCCCCAUGCCGUCCUGCGUUGGUACCUGGCUGCUGGAGACGACAUUUACGACGUGCCCCAUAUACGCCACGUUCAUGCCAACGGCACUCUCCAGCUCUACCCUUUCUCCCCUUCUGCCUAUAACAGCAUCAUCCACGACAACGAGUACUUCUGCACCGCUGAGAAUCAAGCAGGCAAGAUCCGAAGCCCCAGCAUCCACAUAAAAGCAGUUUUCAGGGAGCCCUAUACAGUCCGUGUGGCUGACCAGCACUCCAUGCGGGGUAAUGUUGCCGUAUUCAAGUGCCUCAUCCCUUCAGCUGUUCAGGAGUAUGUCAGCGUGGUGUCCUGGGAGAAAGACACCGUUUCCAUCGUCCCUGGUAAUCGCUUCUUCCUGACCUCAUUUGGUGCUUUGUAUAUCUCAGAAGUGCAGAAGGAAGAUGCUUUGUCCACCUACCGCUGCAUCACAAAGCACAAGUACAGUGGAGAAACCCGCCAGAGCAACGGAGCAAGGCUCUCUGUAAAGGAUCCAAAGGAGUCAGCCCCAUCUGUGCUGGAUAGUUUUCAAUCUGGUGAGAUGCAGGUGGGGCACAGUGUAGAGCUGCCCUGCAUUGCUUCUGGAUUUCCAAAUCCCACCAUCCGAUGGUUGAAAGAUGGUCGGCCAUUACCAGCUGACUCCCGCUGGACACGGCGAAUCACAGGCCUAAUAAUCUCCGACUUGAGACUUGAGGACAGCGGAAACUAUAUCUGUGAAGUCACAAAUAGCUUUGGCUCCAAAGAGGUGACUGGUCACCUCAAUGUUAUAGAACCACUGCGGGUCACCCUGUCUCCAAAGAACCUGAAGACGGGGAUCAGCAGUACAGUAAUCCUCUCCUGUGCUGUCCAGGGUUCCCCCCACUUUACUGUGUCCUGGUACCGUAACACAGAACCUGUGAUGCCUGAUCAGCACUUUUCCAUCCAAGGAGCACACAAUGAGACACUUUUCAUCUCUGCUGCACAAAAAAGACACUCUGGGGCUUACCAGUGCUUUGCCUCGCGAAAGGGUCAGACUGCACAAGACUUCUCCAUCAUACUGCUAGAAGAUGGUACACCUCGCAUCGUUGCCUCCUUCAGCGAACGUGUGGUUGUCCCCGGCGAGCCAUUUUCUCUGAUGUGUGCAGCCAAAGGAGCCCCUCCACCUACAAUCACAUGGACCUUGGAUGAUGAGCCUGUAGCCCGUGAUCUGUCACGUGUUAGAUCCAGCCAGUAUACCCUCUCUGAUGGAAGCACCGUAAGCUUCGUCAAUGUCAGCAGCCCACAGAUCCGUGAUGGAGGAGUGUAUCGGUGCGCCGCACGAAACUCGGCUGGUGGUGCUGAGUACCAAGCGCGCAUAAACGUAAGAGGUCCUCCAAGGAUAAGGCCUAUGAAGAAUAUUACAGCGGUGGCAGGAAGAAACACUUUCAUAAACUGUAGAGUAAUUGGGUAUCCUUAUUACUCGAUCAACUGGUACAAAGAGGGAAUUCUGCUUCCUGACAACCAUCGUCAGGUGGUGUUUGAGAAUGGGACACUUAAGCUCAGCGAUGUUCAGAAAGGCAUGGAUGAGGGUGCCUAUGUGUGCAGCGUGCUGAUCCAACCACAGCUAUUCAUCACACAAACUGUUUAUGUCACUGUCAAAGUUCCCCCGCUGAUCCAACCAUUUGACUUUCCCCCGACCUCCAUUGGUAAAUUGAUGUACAUCGCCUGUGUGGUGGCAUCAGGAGACAUGCCAAUCCGCAUCACAUGGCGUAAGGAUGGCCAGGAGAUCGUACCCUCAUCAGGGAUCACCAUUGAUACAAAAGAGUUCAUGAGUUCCCUGCAGAUUUCCAAAGUGUCUCUAAAACACAAUGGCAACUACACAUGCAUUGCCAGCAACGAUGCUGCAAGUGUCAGCACAGAAAGGCAGCUCACAGUUACAGUCCCGCCACGAUUCGUUGUACAGCCCAACAACCAGGAUGGGAUCUAUGGAAAGUCAGCAAUCUUAAACUGUUCUGUCGAUGGAUAUCCUCCUCCUAAAGUGAUGUGGAAGCAUGCCAGAGGAGCACUAGCUGGGAUUGGAAACCCACAACAGUACCACCCGGUCCCUCUGACAGGUCGUAUUCAGAUCAUGACUAAUGGCUCUCUGCUAAUCAGACAUGUCCUGGAGGAAGAUCGAGGUUUCUACCUGUGUCAGGCCUCCAAUGGUGUGGGUUCAGACAUCAGCAAGAGCAUGGUCCUAACUGUUAAAAUCCCAGCAAUGAUCACCAGUCAUCCCAAUACCACCAUGGCAAAGAAGGGCCAUGUGAAGGAGCUGAACUGCACAGCCAGAGGAGAAUGGCCCAUCAUCAUCCGCUGGGAAAGAGGUGACACAGUGAUUGACCCAGAUCGCAACCCUCGGUACUCCAUAACCACAAGCCCCAAUGAAAAGACAGAUGAGGUGUUGUCUACACUCAAGCUAAAGCCGGCCGAGCGUGAGGAUUCAGUUUUCUUCUCUUGUCAUGCCAUCAACUCUUAUGGAGAAGGACGAGGCCUUAUUCAGCUCACUGUGCAAGAGCCUCCAGACCCUCCAGAGCUGGAGGUGCGAGAAGUGAAAGAUCGUAGCAUGAAUCUUAGAUGGACACAAAGAUUUGAUGGAAACAGUGUCAUUACCUCUUAUGACAUUGAAUACAAAAACAAGACAGAUACUUGGGAACUGAAACAUGCCACUCGAAAUAUCUCUCCAACAAACAAUCAGGCCAACAUCGUGGACCUUCACCCUGCCUCUGUCUACAGCAUCCGUAUGUUUUCCUACAAUGCAAUAGGCAAAAGUGAGGCCAGUAAAGAGCUCACCAUCAGCACCGAAGAAGCACAGCCUGACGGUCCUCCAAUGGAUGUAAUCCUUCAGCCAGUGACCUCUCAAAGUAUCCGAGUCACUUGGAAGGCUCCAAGGAAGGAGCUACAGAAUGGGGUAAUACGGGGUUACCAAAUCGGUUACAGAGAGAAUGGCCCUGGCAGCAAUGGCCAGUACAGUAUUGUUGAGAUGAAAGCCACUGGGGACAGUGAGGUCUACACCUUAGACAACCUGAAGAAGUUUGCUCAGUAUGGUGUGGUCGUCCAGGCCUUCAACAGAGCAGGCACAGGGCCUUCAAGUUCAGAAAUCAAUGCAACAACACUGGAGGAUGUGCCCAGUCAGCCUCCUCAGAAUGUACGAGCCAUCUCUGUUACAUCAGACCAGGCAGUGAUCAACUGGGCAGAGCCUCCUAGAAUGACUCUCCAUGGUGUAUUAAAAGGAUAUCGUGUUGUGUUCUGGGCUGUUUUCCCAGAUGGAGAGUGGAGUGAAAUGCAAAACAUAACAACCACAAAAGAACAAGUGGAGCUUAAAGGCCUUGAAAAGUUUACCAACUACAGCAUCCAGGUGCUGGCCUUCACCCAGGCAGGGGAUGGUGUUCGGAGCAACGUCCUGUACAUCCAAACCCGUGAAGACUAUCCUGGACCCCCAGCUGGAAUUAAAGCAGUGCCCUCCUCUGCCAGCAGUGUGGUAGUGUCGUGGUUACCCCCUCACAAGCCAAAUGGAAUUAUCCGCAAGUACACAAUCUACUGCUCCAGCCCCGGCUCUGGCCAACCGCUUCCAAGUGAGUAUGAAGCUAAUCCAGAACUCCUACUUUAUCGAAUCACCCACCUGAACCACCGACAGCAGUACCUGAUCUGGGCUGCUGCUGUCACCACUGCGGGCCGUGGAAACUUUAGUGACAAAGUUACCGUGGAGCCAGCUGCCAAGGCUCCUGCCAAAAUCCUAUCAUUUGGCGGUACAGUAACCACUCCAUGGAUGAAGGAGGUGCGUCUGCCUUGUAGUUCUGUGGGUGAACCAACACCUUCAAUAAAAUGGACGAAAGACAGUGAGGAUACAGCGAUCCCAGUGUCUGUCGAUGGACAGCGCUUAAUUCUGGCCAAUGGAACACUAGUGCUGCGAUCUGUGAAAGCUGAAGACUCUGGUUAUUACACAUGCACAGCCACCAACACGUUGGGCUUCGACACCAUAAUAGUCAAUCUUUUAGUGCAAGUGCCUCCAGAUCAGCCUCGUUUGACAGUAUCCACCACCUCCACCUCUUCUAUUACCCUUGCCUGGAUUCCAGGGGACAAUGGAGGCAGCUCCAUCAGAGGUUUUGUGCUGCAGUAUUCAGUAGAUAACACAGAAGAAUGGAAGGAUGUUUUCAUUAGUUCAACUGAGCGUUCAUUUAAACUUGAGAACUUGCGCUGUGGGACCUGGUAUAAAGUCAAGUUGGCUGCUAAGAACAGCGUUGGAGCUGGACGCAUAAGUGAGAUCAUUGAGGCGAAAACCCAUGGGCGAGAACCUCAGUUCAACAAGGACCAGCCUAUCUUCACCUACGUUAACUCCACCCACGCUCGCCUCAACCUGCAGGGUUGGGCCAGUGGAGGCUGUCCAAUCACCUCUAUGACACUGGAAUUUAGACCAAAAGGUAUGUGGACAUGGCAGAAUGUCCGUACCAACGCCACCACAGACGUGUUUUUGGCAGAACUUCGUGAAGGCACCUGGUAUGAGUUGAAGAUGAAGGCAUGUAACAGUGCUGGCUGUGGCAACCAGAGUUCUCAGUUUUCAACACCAAACUAUGAUGGCAGUACGAUUCCUCCUAUUAAAUCCCCCUUGGAAAGAAAUGACGAUGUGAAGAAAUUAUUUUCCAUUGGCUGUCCUGUGAUUCUGGUCACCCUUGGUGUUGCACUGCUGUUUGUCGCCAUUCGCAAGAAACGUAAAGAGAAGAGACUGAAGAGACUACGGGAUGCUAAAAGUCUGGCAGAGAUGCUCAUCAGUAAAAACAACCGCAGCUUUGACACACCAGUGAAAGGACCUCCUCAGGGCCCACGGCUACACAUUGACAUCCCCAGAGUGCAGCUGCUAAUUGAGGACAAAGAAGGCAUCAAGCAAAUUGGAGAUGACAAGGCUACUAUUCCUGUGACAGACACAGAGUUCAACCAAACUGGGAAUCCUCAGAGCUUCUGCACUGGUGUUUCUGUCCAUCACCCUGCCCUCAUCCAAAACACAGGUCCUUUGAUAGACAUGUCUGACAUCAGACCAGGAACCAACCCAGUGUCACGGAAGAGUGUUAAGUCAGCCCACAGCAUCAGAAACCGAUACUCCAGUCAGUGGACUCUGACCAAGUGUCAGGCUUCUACGCCAGCCCGCACUCUCACUUCAGACUGGCGCACAGUUGGUUCUCAGCAUGGCAUCACUGUCACAGAGAGUGACAGCUAUAGUGCCAGCCUCUCACAGGACACAGAUAAAGGGCGCAACAGCAUGGUGUCCACAGAGAGCGCCUCCUCCACCUAUGAGGAACUGGCAAGAGCCUACGAGCAUGCAAAGCUGGAGGAACACCUGCAACAUGCCAAAUUUGAGAUUACAGAGUGCUUUAUAUCUGACAGCUCAUCUGAUCAGAUGACCACAGGUACCAAUGACAAUGCAGACAGUAUGACGUCAAUGAGCACACCAUCAGAGCCCGGUAUCUGCCGGUUCACUGCCUCACCACCCAAGCCCCAAGACUACGAUCGUGGCAAGAAUGUAGCCGUGCCCAUUCCACACCGAGCCAAGAGUGACUACUGCAACCUUCCCCUCUACAUGAAGUCAGAUCCUUUUUUCCGAAAGCAGUCAGAACAUCAUGACCCAUGUCCAGUGGUUCCACCACGCGAGGCCUCUAUUCGGGGUUUGGCCCAACGGGCAUACCACAGCCAGGGCCGUCACGUGACUAUGGACUCUACAAAGCAGCAGGCUCUGGCCGUCGGCCAUUCCGGGCUUUCAAACCUCACUUCUUCUGGGGCAUCCUCUGGAGGAGCAACAGGAGGCGGCGGUGGAGGAAGUGGAGGGUUGUCUGCUAGCUCCAGCAGCUCCACCCUUCCCCAGCGGACUCUCACUAUGCCUAGCUCCUCUGCCUCUGCGGCUCAGAGUGCUGCUGCCGCUGCUGUAGCCACUGCUGCUGCAGCAGGAGCAUCAUCUUCCUCUGGCGGUGGUGCAGUAGGGGCCACAGGUGGAACUCCUGGAGGAGCAUCUUCGUCCUCCUCCAAAAUGGGAGGUUCUAGAGACUCUCUCCUGGAGAGCAGCUCUUCGGGAUUAGGCAGACUACAGAAGCAACGGGAUGGGGCAUCAGGAGCCUACUCCAAGUCCUAUACACUUGUGUAGUCUGCCAUUAACGAGGCCUGUCACUGUAACUCUAAACACAUUGCUGGUUAAGCCAGCGCUUGCCUGGAGCCUCCAUGGUGAAUCGGGGUGAAGAACAUACACAUGCACAGCUUACCCGUCAGUGCCUGUGCUGUGCCAGCCUGCAAGGAGCUGUAUGGGCUCCCUUUAACACAACUGUUUAAUGGGAUCAGAGUUGGGUGUCCACAGCACAGGGGCUUGCCUUUCUUUCUGCCUGAUUGUUUUCUCUUAUAUUUGUGUCAUUUCUCUCUUUUUUUACCACCCUGGAAAUCACUUGCCAAAACAAAAAUGAUUUAUCUUUUCAGUCCAUAUUUUCAUUUUCUGGCAAGGACACAGAACUUAUGCACAAAAUGCUUUUUAACUUGCACUGUCUUGCUUCCCAUAACAAGACAGUUGUAGAUUUAACCAGGUUGCUUACAGUGUGUGUUAAGGUUUAAUAUUUUCUCCUUUUUUUUUUUUAAAUAUAUAACUUUUGUGUUCUCUGAUGGAAGAUAAGUUCAUAUCUCAGCAUUGUGCCAUGGCAGGAUGCUUUUGCUGUAUGCACAAACCACCAGCCUUGGUGUUACUUUGGCUCUGUAAGGUUAAUCCAUCAUAGAUCCAUACAUUAGAGGUGGUGGAACAACUCUUGUUCUCUUGUACAUGCAAUGGAUGACUCAGCAUUGUGGUCAUAUUUGAAGUUUUUUAUAGAGAGACCUAUAAAAGAGACGGUAAAAAUUUUAAGCAUCGUUGAGCGAAUUCUAGAUACUUUUCCCCCUAAAACGUUUAAUAUAAUACUAUGUGCACUACGAAAAAGUUAGAAUGGAUCCAAGUAACUGAAACGUCACAAGCUUGUGGAGAUAUGUAUGUGUGUGUGUGGGUGUGUGGCUGUGGGUGUGGAAAUAUAUGUGUAAAUAUAUAAGUGUACAUGUGGCAGGAACACACCAACAAUGGACCUUUUUAAAAUCAAUCUUUAUGCUGAAUUCUUGGGCAGAAGUCUGUGUGGAAACAGACCCCCCCCCCCCCCCCCCCUUUUUUUUUUUUGUACCUAUGAAAGUAAAAGUCUGGUAGUGACAAUGUUGACACUUCCACCCUAUUCAAACUUGAGUUGCUCUAUUUUUUAUUAUUAUUAUUAGAUUUGUUUUUUGUUUUUGUUUUUAUUCAUUGUUUUCAACAUGGUAUGGGUGAUCUAUAGAAAUGCUAUGAAAAGGAAGAGAAGGGCCAUAAGCUUUCAUUGGAGGACAAGAAAUACUGUGCCUUGCAAAAGUAUUUACAACUCUUGAAUUAUUUCACAUUUUAUCAGAUAACAGUAGCAAACUUUAAUGUAUCUCUUCACAAUGUUAUGUGACGGACCACAGAAAGUAGCACAAAAUUGCAAAGUGAAAGAAAAUUUCAAGUGCUUCACAGUUUAUGUAUAAAAACCUCAAACGUUCACCCCACUUCAUACUGAUACACUUAAAUAAAAUCCAGUGAACCCAAUUGCUUUUGAUAGUGACCUAAUAUGACAAUAACCCAUUUGUGUAUCAUUUGAUAUAGGUAACAUGAUUUUUUUUUUUUUGAACAGAUGUGUUAGAUAACAAAAGUAAACUUAUGGACUGAAGACCAUAGUAGACAGACCAGCAAUAAAAAUCUUUAUUCUCACAUGGAAAAAAGGUGUAUGACACAUCUGUAGAACUACCAAGAUUAAAGGUAUGAAAGAGGAUUUUACUCAGUAAUUAAGUGUCCAGAUUAAUCUAAAAUGACUUAAUUGAUGGAUGGCAUUCUUGCACUUAUGAUUCUCCCCUAAAACAUUAGCCAAUAUACUUUGCCUACUGUUAAAAGUGAAUUGGCUACUUUUUGGUCAAUCAAACAUUUUGCAUACGUGCCGCCAUGACGUUUUUAACGUAGGCUCCAAGCAUAACUCAAAAGCUGUUAGGCUAGCAGUCCGCCAUUACGACGAAGAACAUAGAAGUACCCCUAUGCUUGUUUGCUGGUGCGACUUUUUUUUUUUUUUUUUUAAAGUAAAAAAUAGAGGUGGUAGAAGUAAACCGUUAUAAAAUCCCACCCCCAUUUUUGAUUAUUAUUGAUCAGUCAAACUCACUUAACCAUUCUUCUUUCCUAGACCAAAAAAAUAUAUAAUAAUAAUAAUAAAUGUGUUAUAGAUAGCAAUUUAACAAAUUGCUAUCUAUAACAAACAAGUUCAACCAAAUAUCAGAACUAGUUAAAUAAUCAUUGGUAAAUAAUAGGGCUGAAACAAUUAAUUGGGUUAACUGUGAUUAAUCGAUUAUUGAAAUAAUUGUCAAAUAAUUUAGUAAUUGAUUAAUUGUUUACUGGAGUUAGAGACUCUAAAACAUACCUUUAGCUGACAGAGAAACCCACUUAGAGCACUCACUAUUUCAAAAUUGUCUUUAAGAUAAAAAAAAAGGUUUUCGUUUGUUAAUAUGUACUCUUUUGUAUAAACUGGAGCAUCAAUCGCCAAAAAGAAUCCUGACAAACCUAACUUAAAAAGAAAGACUUUAUUCGAUGUAGUUGAAAAGAGGAGAGAAAGUGGGAGAGGAUGAAGUUGGCUCAGUAUGUGUUUAGGAGAAUCUUUUUCUAUGAUUGCGUGCCCUGAAGAAGCAAAAGGGUCUUAAAAUAAACGCUUUGGUCACAAUACUUCAGCUGGACAGGUAAAUUCCGUUUAAUUCCAUGUAAGCACUGUAUUUUUUUUAAACUAUGAAACAUGUACAGUCAAAAACGUGCAUCCUGGCACUCUGCUGCCUCUCUAGGUCAAAUACAAAAUAACCACUGAUGCAUGGGCACGAUUCAGAAAUACAAAACCAACCGUUGGACAUAUCUUCCACCACAGAAUCCUCUUUCCUGCCUUAAAGCAUUAAUCAGAGAAGUAGGCAAAAAGGACCAUGGCAACUUGAAAAACUGCUGGGGCAUACACCUCAGGUGUGAGUCCCACAAAUUUAGUCUUUUAUGAUUAAGGGAUAGGAAGACAGCCAAUUUUCAAAGCAAGAAAUAAUUCAUUAUGGUUAGUUUGUAGAAGUCUUUGAGGAAGAGUGUUGAUUUUGGAUGAUCUCUGCAAAAUAAUAUGUGCAAGAAAACUAAAAUUGCACAUCAACCCAAAUACAAAAUUCCCAGUAAUGAUGCGGUGAGAACAGUAACUUUAACACAAGCUGCUUGUUUAUGGGAAGUUAGAUGAAACUGAGUACAGAUCCAACCUGGCAGAAAACCUGGAACAGACUAAAAGAUAGAUGUUCUUCCCAGAGGGCAACUGUAUUAAGCAUUAUAGUAAGAGAUAGAAGGGAAUAGUUUGGAUUAAACCAUAUCAUGAAUAAAUGUUCAAGUUUUUAUGUUUGUAAUUCAUAAUGUGCAUUGCUUUGUGUUGGUCUGUCAUGGACAAUCCUCCAAAAACUACAUUAAAGUUUGAGAUAGCAACUAAUGUGAAAAAGAUAAAGGAGUAUGUAUAUGUUUUUCAAGGCAUUUUAGAGUCAUUUUCACUUACUUUACUUUCUUCUGAACAAACACAGUGCACAAUUGCAUAAUUUCUCCAUCAUCAUACUUUCCUUUUUCCUACUCCUCUUUCCUCAUAUCAUACUGUAUCACCCAACAUAUCCAUACAGUGUCACUGUGAUGUACUGCCAGCAUGCUGGCUAGACAAAAACAGACCAAUUGAAGAGGAGGUAUCUUAUAUGCACAAAUGGGUACAAAUUCCUAACAUUCAAUGACAGCUUGAAUGCACACAUUCAGCAGAUUUUUAGAGAAAUGUAUUUGUAUGAUCUUUAAUAAAUGAACAAGCACUGGAAUUAUAUACAUUUUGGACAGAAUAUGAAAAAAUUGCUCAACAAAAUGUUUCAAGUUGCUUCACCAUUUUGAAUUUUGCAUUUAAUUCUAUGACUGAAACUUUAUAUCCUGUUUUCUUGUUUUUCAUUCAUCAUUUUUAAUUCCAAAGCUUGCAUUGUCCUAACAAUUAUCCUUCCAAAAUAAAAGAGUUGCUCCAAAGUUUCACACCGAUAAAACAUAACAUCAGGGCUCUCGCAAUAGAAAAAAGUAAAAGAUAUCAUAUAUGUUUGUUUUCAAAAAGUAUGUACAUAUAUAUUUCUAUUUAAAUAUAUAGCAAAUAUAUGAAUAAAGAGAAGAGACAUAUAAAAGCCGUUCUAAUUGAAAAUAUAUAUAAAAAGAUCACAAGACAAUCGCUCCGAGUGAAUAUCACAUUAAAGACAGGAAGAAGGAAGGUUUAAGCAGGUGACACACCUGUGGAUGGAGGAUUGUGGAGAGAGAGGAAGUUGUGUGAAAGUUAGUGGUUAAACUGGGGUUUGAGAAUUGAGACUUUAAGUCCCAUGAGAUUUUGUAAAAACAAGCACAGUAAAGUGAAAAUAUAGUGUGAGAUUUGUUGCUGAUUUAUUGUGGUCUCAGACCGUGCAGAAAGUGUGUUGGAAAAGAAAACGGUUAAAAAGGAGAGCAUAUAAAGUAAUUGAGCCUCUUGUGUUUUGUUGUAUUGUACCUUACAAAUAGUUGUGACCACAGACUCAGCGCCACCACAAAACUACAGCCAAUGAACACAAACAGAUUGAGUAUUUCUGCAGUCCUGUGACAAUAUUACUGAGGAUAAAUGUAAUAAUCUUUUUUAUGUACUUUGAAAUCUGAGAUUGAUAUGUUCAUUUCUUUAUGUAGUGUUAAAAUGCAUUUUCUUUUGGGCCUUUCCAUUUUAAGUUAUGCAAACACCUGUCCUGGGAAAAAUAUGGGUUUCGGCAAGGAUUAAGCCUGUUUUCUGCAUAAGGGCUUCCUUAGUCCAUCUGUAUGGUAUUGGUUGGACUGAUGAAAUAAACUUCUAACCCACAUGCUUUCCCUUCAGUUUUUAGUCAGUUUGCUCUAAGUGUAAUACUUUUAAGAGAAUUUCAACCUAAUUUCUAAAGAGGAAAUUUAUACUUCUAUAUCUAAUCCAUUUGAUCUCUCAGAUUUCAAGAUCUUCUUUCAGAAUGUUCUUUAUCAGUAGAAUUUGACAAGUUCUCAGAGACAGAACGACAUUUUUGUUAAAUUUUUUAAUAAAUUAUAUUAUACCAGGCUAUUAAUUAAUUAUUUUAGAGUGUACUGAAAAUAAAACAUGGAACUUCAAUGAUUUGAGUGAACAUGUUUACAUUUAUUGUAAACUUUCCUUAACCCACAGACAUCAACACUCUUUAGUAUAAUUGUGGGUUUAUAUUUGAGUUUAUUUAAAAUGCCUGAUUAUCUGGCACAGUCAUCCUUUAAGCAAAUAGCAUUAAUGGGUUAAGAUCACAACAAUUCUUGAUACUUAUUAGCCAAGUUCUCUUCAAAACCAUGUUUGAACUGUCUCUGAGAAAAUUAUACUGUUGAAACACACAAAUUGACUCCUGUUUCAAAUAUCUUACCCAGAAUCUUACCACGAUGAGUUAAAGACAUGUUUAGUAAGGUUCUUUAAAAGCUACAUAAAAACUAUUAAGGAUCAGAGCUAUCAUAAACUAGAAGAUGACAAAAAGACUCUUUUUACGAUUCCUAGAUCGUCCCAGAAGUGUGAUAUGAGUCUCAUCCAGGAAACCAGCAAAUAAAAAUAAACUCUAAAACAUAUUAAAAAGAGAGAUAUAAAGUAUCUAGCCAAAAUUUCACUUAUUGUGGUUUAGUCUUAGAAAAAAUACAGGUUUCUCUGCAACUUUCUCUUGAUUAUUUAUACAGAUAUUAGUAGUACGUCAAUUUUAAUGUUUGAAUCAGAAUAAGUCAUUUAGCCUUGUGCAAAUUAAAGCUGGCCAGAUAAAAGGAAACUUGAACACCCAGUUCAAAUUGUUUUAAAUCUUUUACAUAUGUUGUAUAAUCAUUCCACCCUGCACAAAUAAUACUUUGAAUAAAUCAUUAAAUGGCCCAAAUUAAUAUGAAAUUAUACCCAUGAUUGGAAUUGUAUUAUGCACAACAAUCUUGAGUGGGUUUUUGUUUAAAAUAAGAAAACAUACGUUCAAACUGACCUAUACACAGCCUGUAUAUGUAAGUCGAACUUAAAAGGAAUUUCUUUUUACAUAUAUUAACCAAUCAGAAGCUCUCCCUCAUUCCCUCUCUGCAGCCUUGUACAUAGGAAAAGUGUUUUGUAUCAAUGGAUAUUAUUUUCAACAUCUUCAAUAGCAAUGUAAACAUGAAAUACGGGCACAAUGUAAACCAAAAUACAGGUAAUGUGAUGAAGAUUCAAUGAAAAGGUAAUGAAUUACACUAUUAACUGCUUAUCCUUACUCUUGGACUAGAUCAAAACUGUCAGAAUGAACCAUGCAAUGUUAACUAAUGAUGAUGUUUGGUUCUAUUAGGCAUUUUGUUGCAUUGUUUUAACCUUUAUUUUUGUAUCUAUUCCUGUUUUUACUUUGUCACAGGUCUUUCUUUGUUAUACAGCUUUUUGGGGGAGGGGCAGCAGCAUUGCAUGUUCGGAAAAAAAUUCUGGUUCUCAAAGAAAAAAGGGGGGGAAGGUAAAUUGAACAGUUUAAAAUGAGUUUUAAUAAUAAAAAAAA